CUUCAAAAGUUCUUCUUUCAAGUCUUCUCUCAUCUACUUAUCUUAAUCCAUCAAAAAUCAAAAUACCCUCUUAUUAAAAUCCCAAAAUCACUCACAAUGAUGCAAACAGAAGCAUUUCCGGCGACAUAUCCCGGCGAACUACCAGUAUUUUGCCGGAGCAUCAGUUUCAGCAGCCUCAUGCCAUGUUUAACGGAAAAUUGGGGUGAUUUACCGUUGAAGGUGGAUGACUCUGAGGAUAUGGUGAUAUACGGCUUCUUACGUGACGCUGUUACAGCUGGGUGGACGCCGUUUAACUUCUCGGCUAAAGAGAUAAAAGCCGAGUCAAUGGAAGAGACGGCGCCGGCGUCAAGUACAGACCAUCUCCAAUCAUCAGAAGUGGCGGCGCCGGUGGAGGAAACUGCUGCAACUACGGCGACGGUGAUUGCGCCGGCUAAGGGAAAGCACUACAGGGGGGUUAGGCAACGGCCGUGGGGGAAGUUUGCGGCGGAAAUAAGAGACCCUGCUAAAAAUGGAGCGAGAGUUUGGCUCGGGACCUAUGAAACGGCGGAGGAAGCGGCGAUUGCAUAUGAUCGAGCGGCGUAUAGGAUGCGUGGCUCGAAGGCUUUGUUAAACUUCCCACACAGAAUCGGCUUGAAUGAGCCGGAGCCAGUUAGAGUGACGUCAAAAAGGAGGUCGCCGGAGCCGUCAACAUCUUUAUCAUCGGCUUCUGAGAGCGGUUCACCAAAAAGAAGAAAUACUAAAGUAGAGCCAGAAGUACAAAGCCGAUCAUUAAAUGAGUUUAAACAUGAAUAGUUGAAUACUAAAUGCCACGUGGCAUUGAAGAAUGAAUACAUUUCUUAUUGCAACUACUGGACCAGGGACCCACAAAAGAUCCGACCCGGGAGUCGGAGUGGGAGAGUGUAGCAAUUAGGAAACUUGAAAUGCCGAAAUUGCCCUCCAAAUGGGAAAGUGAAAUGAUUCCUCUCCUUGGCUAUUUGAAAAGGUGUGAAGCAUUAUGGGAUUUGCACCAAUGGCUACAAUGGGAAUUGGUUAUCUACAAGUUCUUGGAUUAAAUAUUUCAAAAAAGAGAAUGGCAAAUAUCAUAAUGACAAAAGUGCAUAUUAAAAUAUAUAAAAGAUAGAUUUUGUAGAGAUGUGUUUUUAAUAGAUUAUAUAUGAAUGUUGAGAAAAAUAAUAUAUAUAUUCUUGAAUGAGUUUGAUA